AUGGUGGCCAGCGUUUCCACUCUGAUCUUGGUCGUUAUGUGUCGGGGCGUCCUACUCUCGGUUGGAGACCCGCCUCAGUCCCGCCGGGAGGUCCGCAUCGAGGGAGACCUGGUGCUCGGCGGUCUGUUCCCUGUGCACGAGAAAGGUGCCGGCAUGGAGGAGUGUGGGCGUGUGAACGAGGACAGAGGGAUCCAGAGGCUGGAGGCCAUGCUGUUUGCCAUUGACAGAAUCAAUCAGGACAGCAUUUUGUUGCCUGGGGUCUCUCUCGGGGUCCACAUCCUGGACACCUGCUCCAGAGAUACAUAUGCACUGGAGCAGGCUCUGGAGUUUGUAAGAGCCUCCCUCACUAAGGUGGACGACACGGAGUUCAUCUGUCCAGACGGAUCUUACGCGCUGCAGGACGACAGCCCGCUCGCAAUCGCUGGAGUCAUAGGUGGAUCCUUCAGCAGCGUCUCCAUACAGGUUGCCAAUCUUCUCAGGCUCUUUCAGAUUCCUCAGAUAAGCUAUGCUUCGACCAGUGCCAAGCUCAGUGAUAAGACCCGCUACGAUUACUUCGCCCGCACGGUGCCCCCCGACUUCUACCAGGCCAAAGCCAUGGCCGAGAUCCUCCGGUUUUUCAACUGGACAUACGUGUCCACUGUGGCAUCGGAGGGUGAUUACGGUGAAACCGGUAUAGAGGCCUUUGAACAAGAGGCACGCAUGAGGAACAUCUGUAUCGCUACUUCAGAGAAGGUGGGGCGUACGAACGCUAAGAAGUCCUAUGAAGCUGUGAUCCGUCAGCUCCUCCAGAAGCCGAACGCCCGUGUGGCCGUCCUCUUCCUACGUAGCGAUGAUGCCAGAGAGCUGUUGGCAGCAGCUGCCAGGCUUAACACCUCCUUCAUCUGGGUGGCCAGCGACGGCUGGGGUGCACAGGAAAGCAUUGUCAAGGGAAAUGAGGUCAGCGCCGAAGGAGCCAUCACACUUGAACUGGCGGCCAAUCCCUUGCCAGAAUUCAACCGCUACUUCCUCAGCCUGAACCCGGUCAAAAACCAUCGUAAUCCCUGGUUCAGGGAAUUCUGGGAGCAGCGGUUCCAGUGCUCCUUGGGCGGUGGAGGAGCAGGAGGUGUUGGAUUGGGAGAGACGUCUCUCCCGCCGUGUGACAUGGACUUGUCAAUGGACAAGAGUAACUUUGAACCAGAGUCCAAGAUCAUGUUUGUGGUGAACGCGGUGUACGCCAUGGCUCAUGCACUCCAUUAUAUGCAACGCAGCCUGUGCUUCAACACCACCAAGCUGUGCGACAGCAUGAAGGCACUGGAUGGCCGCCGACUCUACAGGGAUUACAUCCUUAAUGUCAGCUUCACAGCCCCUUUCUCUCCUCCAGGCAGUGAGACAGUAGUGAAAUUUGAUUCCCAGGGGGACGGCGUGGGCCGAUACAACAUCUUCAGCUACCAGCGGUCUGCCGAUCGUUACGGUUACGUGCCAGUAGGUGAAUGGGCAGAGACUCUGACUCUAAGCAACGAUCUAAUUCACUGGCCCAGAGAAGUGGUGCCCACCUCGCAGUGCAGCGACCCAUGUGAACGCAAUGAGAUGAAGAAAAUGCAGGCAGGCGAGUACUGCUGCUGGAUCUGUACAGCCUGUGAGCCUCAUGAAUACCUGGCUGAUGAGUUCACCUGCUCGCCCUGCGCUCCUGGCCAGUGGCCCACUGAUGAGCUGACGUCCUGUUACGACCUUCCCGAGGACUAUAUCAUGUGGGAAGAUGCCUGGGCUAUUGGUCCAAUUACUAUCGCCUGUGUAGGGUUCAUGUGCACCGGUAUGGUGUUCUGGGUGUUUGUCCGACACAACAACACACCGCUGGUGAAAGCUUCAGGCAGAGAGCUGUGUUACAUCCUCCUCUCAGGAGUCUUCAUGUCCUACGCCAUGACUUUCCUCUUCUUGGCCAAACCCUCUCCUGCCAUCUGUGCCCUGCGGCGCCUCGGCCUGGGCACUUCGUUCGCUGUCUGCUACUCCGCCCUCCUCACCAAAACAAACAGAAUCGCCAGGAUUUUCAAUGGCGUGAAAGACGGAGCGGGUGCAGUGAGACCACGCUUCAUUAGCCCCUCCUCUCAGGUGUUCAUCUGUCUGAGUUUAAUCUCCGUCCAGUUGGUGAUGGUGUCCGUGUGGCUGCUGCUGGAAGUUCCUGGGACGCGGCGCUUCACGUUACCAGAGCGACGACAGACUGUCAUCCUCAAGUGUAACGUACGGGACUCCAGCAUGCUGUUUUCACUGGGAUACGACGUGCUCCUGGUCAUCCUGUGUACUGUGUAUGCCUUCAAGACCAGGAAGUGCCCCGAGAACUUCAAUGAAGCCAAGUUUAUUGGAUUCACCAUGUACACCACCUGUAUCAUUUGGCUGGCCUUUCUCCCCAUCUUCUAUGUUACAUCCAGUGACUACAGGGUUCAGACCACCACCAUGUGUAUCUCAGUCAGUCUGAGUGGCUUUGUGGUCCUGGGCUGUAUGUUUGCUCCCAAGGUCCAUAUCAUCAUGUUCCAGCCCCAGAAGAAUGUGACCAGCCACAGGCUUAACCUCAAUCGCUUCAGUGUCAGCGGGGCUGCCACCACAUACGCAUCUCACGCUUCUGUCAGCGCCCACCAAGUCCCAACCGUGUGCAACGGGAGAGAAAUUGUCGACUCCACUACUUCCUCUCUGUGACCACAU